AUGUGGAAAGAAUCUGAUGGCACGCUCUUUGUUGUGAUGGAACGUCUACCAGGCCAACCGCUCGAUGCACUUUGGCCGUCGCUACCCGAAGCAGACAAAACCACGAUUCUUCAAAAGACUCGAUCAAUUCUCGAUGUCAUUCGUACUAUCCCACCCCCAGACUUUUUCGGUUCUGUAGAUAAGCGUCACAUACCGCAUCAUCUAUUCUAUUGGCCCGAAUACCCAGAGGAAAUCUCAGGUCCCUACACCGGCGAGCAUGCGCUCAUCCAAGGACUCGUCAAAAAAUCUAAACUUACGGCAAAAGAUAAUGGGCGCUACUCGUACCUUGCGGACUUUUUUCAAGAGCAAAUUACUUCCUGCCCUUUCUGUUGGUGGAAGGAAACCCGUCUUUACUCACUCGGAUUUGCAACGGAAGAACAUUUUGGUCGAGAAAGUGUCAGACAUGGGUGGCAAGACUGA